CAACGACACAGCCACAGCUGCCGGACCAGAGCACAAGGCAGGGAGCUGAAAGGGCCUGACCAGAGAGAGACCUGGGGCGCCAGAGCCAGACCCAGAGGUAAAGAGGAGGGAGCAGAUCCCUGGCUCCCCAGUCCCCAGGGUGGGGACAAGGAGGGCGAAGGAAGUUGGAUUUCUGCAAAACAAAGGAGCUGACCCCAGUGAUCCUGACUUCGGGUGAGGGGGAUGAAUAGAGGAGAGGGUAACAGGCAAGUGGAAGGGGUUGGGCUGAGCAAAAAGAGCAGGUGUUGGAAUGGGAUUGGAGCAGUGAUUCCAGGACCAGGAAUAGGGAAAGGAAAGAGCUGGGUCUCUGGUUGGGGACCAGUCUAGGGUCUGGGACUAAGAGGCUACCACAGGGAUUGGUGGGGACUGUGAAGGCCCAUCCUGAACUCCAAAGCGCUCUGUGACUCCUGUGCAGCUCCAGCAGCCACCCCUUCCCUGGGCUGGGUCAUGCGCUGCCCCAAGUGCCUUCUCUGCCUGUCAGCACUGCUCACACUCCUGGGCCUCAAAGUGUACAUUGAGUGGACAUCAGAGUCUCAGCUGAGCAAGGCCUACCCGGGACCCCAGGGCACCCUGCCAGUGCUCACACCUGCCAGUCCCGAGCCCACCCUGCCGGCUAACCUCUCGGCCCGUCUGGGCCAGACUGGCCCACUGUCCUCAGCUUACUGGAACCAGCAACAGUGGCGGUUGAGAGCUCUGCCCAGUGGGGACAGCACUGAGGCAGGGGGCUGUGGGGCUUGGGGAGCUGCUGCUGCCGCUGAAAUACCUGAUUUCACGUCCUACCCCACGGACCUUCGCCGCUUCUUGCUGUCAGCAGCUUGCCGGAGCUUCCCUCUGUGGCUGACUGAAGGUGACAGUGGCCAAGUACCCAGCUGUGGGGAAACUGACACCCCCUAUCUGCUGCUGGCUGUCAAGUCGGAACCAGGGCACUUUGCUGAACGACAGGCUGUGAGGGAGACCUGGGGUGGUCCCGCCCCUGGAAUUCGGCUGCUCUUCCUUCUGGGGUCUCCAGUGGGUGAGGGAGGCCCUGACCUAGGCCCACUGGUAGCCUGGGAGAGCCGCCGUUACAGUGACCUGCUGCUCUGGGACUUCUUGGAUGUUCCCUUCAACGAGACACUCAAGGACCUGCUGCUGCUGUCCUGGCUCACCCAGCACUGCCCCAGCGUGAGCUUCAUCCUGCAAGCGCAGGAUGAUGCCUUUGUGCACACUCCCGCCCUGCUCGACUACCUACGGGCCCUGCCACCCGGCUGGGCUCGAGUCCUCUACCUGGGUGAGGUCUUUACCCAGGCCAAGCCCCUCCGGAAGCCUGGAGGACCCUUCUAUGUGCCUGGGUCCUUCUUUGAAGGUGACUACCCAGCUUAUGCCAGCGGGGGUGGCUACGUCAUCGCUGGGCGCCUGGCACCCUGGCUGCUGCAGGCGGCGGCCCGUGUGGCACCGUUCCCCUUCAACGACGUCUACAUUGGCCUGUGCAUCCGUGCUCUGGGCCUGGUGCCCAGGGCCCACAAAGGCUUCCUCACAGCCUGGCCAGCAGACCGCACAGCUGACCCCUGUGCUCUCCGGGACCUGCUGCUGGUGCGGCCCCUCAGACCCCAGGACAGCAUCGGGCUCUGGAAACACCUGCAGGACCCGCAGCUCCACUGCUGAGUCUCGGUGGGGUCAGAAGGGGAGGGCCAACCUAGCCUGGGCCCUAGGCAGGGCCUUGGUGCCUGCUCCUUGCUCAGCCUCUCUGAGGCCUUGGUGUGAGGGAGGUCCUGGAAACAUGGCUGCCUGAGCUCCUCCUGGGCCAGCUCGGGCUAUGGGACUGGGCAGCAGGGGGCAGAGGACUGUUUUUGUUUUUGAAAAACAUGCACUCUCCACUCUGA